AGCCGCGCUGGCUUCAGAUGCUCAAGCCCAUGCCCAUCGCCGGUUGCUUCCUGGUACCGCACACGGUUUACUCUAAUAACCAUGUGAUUCAGAUGACCGCAUGGUUCACAUGCGUUACCAUCCUCGCGUUGGCGCCUCAAUCCGAGGGCAGACUGGGGGCGGCCGCCCCGGCGCCGGCGCGCAGCCCGGGCCUCGGCGGCUGGGGCCCCGACCGCGGCGCGGCCCUCGUGCCGGCGGGGCCCUGCGACGUCACCGACGGGUCCGGCCUCAGCGCGCGCUACCCCUGCGGGUGCGGGCGGGAGGUCUGCCGCAUCGGCGAGGCUUGUGGGACGGACAACACAUCUUGUGCAAUGGCAUUCGCGCUCACGGUGUCGUGGCCGCGCGAGUGCAUCAGCAUCGGUAGCACUACGUUCGAUCACUCCGGCACCAGCGCGAGCGGAGCGCCGAUCUAUAGCAACGGAGAGGGCACCUACCUCUACUAUGACCCAAGCUGUGAUGGCAGCCAGCUUGCAUCCCUGAGCCAGUGGAUCAUCGACAACGACGAGCCGAGCUUGACAGCCGCUGCAGAUCUGGACGGUGAUGGUGACUGCUCGGACUUUGCUCACAUUGCAGCCGACAGCCCCGCGGGCCUGCCGUCCAGCGGAUCGACCUGGCAGAUCACCUGCGACGGCGAGACGUUCCGAGCCCAGGGCCUCGGCUUCUCUCCCGCGCAGGCGACGCAGCGGGCGCGUGCCAGGCUCGGUCCAAUGCAGACUCCAGCCCCGACGCUGGAGCCCGGAACGCCAUGCCACUGCGACUCGUGCGGCGGCUUCCCUGUGUACGACAAGGACGGUGACGGGUGCUUGGUCGAGGCGGAGAUCGAUGUGGUGACGGAAUUGAGCGGACAGUUCUCAGGCAUGGACGUUGAUCAGGACGGUUGCGUGAACCAGUCGGAGUGUGCGACUUACGUGGGGGACAACGGCCUCGAUCUAGAGUCGUACUUUGUCCCCCAGCCAAGUGAGUGCGACCUUGGCUUCUACGUGAUUGACCAGACGUCCGUGUGCUUGAGGUGCGAUGGCGCAACGACGCGUCGCCGGUCGACCUCAUGCACCCCUUGUGUGGCUCCCGAUUUCGAUGCUGGCGACUUUGACGAUUGUGUCGACGGGUCCCUUCCUUAUACGCUUGAGCCUGUGCUGCCAGGCGCCACGGCUGUGGUAACAAGCGAGACCGAGGGAAUAAUGUUCGGGGAUGUCAUAUCAAUUUCGCCGCCUGACAAAAGUUAUUUCGAGGAGGCCACAGUCAUUGGUUUCGGGAGCAUUCAGCUCGGACACGGACUCAACCAGGGAUUUCCAGGUUACUCUGCGGUCGUGCGAACCUGCACGAAGCAGGACGGCAUUUCUUUCUCCGCGUUCUACCCGUGCGGGUGUGGUAAAUCAUCGUGCGUUGAGGGGCAAGCCUGCGACAUGGGUGAGUGGACAGGAGAAACAAGAACGGAGAAUGGUGUCACUGUCGGCACGAGUGGUGCUUGCGUUACCCUCGUUCGCCCUGGUCAACCAAUGCCAACUCCUGCCCCAACUGUUCAAGCCAGAGGCGACCCGCAUUUGGUCAAUCUUAUGGGGGAGCAUUUUGACGUAAAUCAUGGAGGCGACUUCGAGCUUCUCCGAAUACCUCAAAACGCAGCACAUCCUGCGGAAUUCUCUGUGUUCGCCACCAUCAAACCAGCACCAGGCACUCCGUGCACCACGUUCAUCACGCAGGUGCGGUUUAGUGGAACUUGGUUGGACGAGAAGGUCUUGGAGGUGCGCUCCUACCUGAAGAACCAGUCUUCCGAAGCUCACAGCAGCUUUCUGGGAGCACGAGUGCUUUGGAAGUCAGAGCAGGAGUCCCCAUGGCUGAGCAUUUCGGAGUGGGGUAGCGACAACCUCACCUUAUCCAGCAGGGAUGCCUACAAAGUGGCAGUUGCCAAGACGCAGUGGACGAGCCACAGGAGUCCCAGAGCAGGAAUGCCAACCGUUGCCGGGCAGUUCGACGUCUUCAUCUGGCACCAGCAGAACAGGGACGCGGCGAAGAUUACCGUCCGCCAAGACCUCCCCUCGCAGGAGCACCUCGACGUGGCGGUGCGGCGCCUGAGCACCAUGGGCCGUGCCGACAUCGGAGGGCUGCUGGGUUUUGACGAGCACCCAGAGUCCCUGGAGGACGUCACGCCCGAGUGCCAGCGCCACCGGGACGGCCUGGACAGCCACACGGGGCCGCGCAUCCUGCCGGCCUGGAAGAGGCGAUGGCAGGUGAUGAAGGACCGUCGCGGUCACGGCGACGGGGUGCGACCGCCGGCGCGGGGCGGCGAGGCGGCCGCCAGCCUCCUUGUCGGCUCGCGCGGCCAGCUGUCGCAGGAGGGCUUCACGUGCAUAUGCCCGGACGCGACGUCGGUGGGCCACGUCGCAGCGACAGAGGAUACCCCGUCAGAAGAGGAGGGCGUCAUCACCGACUUCCGGGCGGCCCGCCUCGCCGAGGCCUCGUGGGACUAGCGCGGUAGAGGGGCGGCCGUUGGCUUCGCGCGCCGGUCGGGGGUGGCGUGAGAGCCACAGCGAGGAGAAAGCCGGGUCUCAGACAUCGCCGUGAGUUCUGUCUGUUCUGGAUGUUCACGAGUUGCUCUUGCACGCUGAGCGAGGGAAUUCGGGGGCACGACGCGUUUGGCGGACUGCCCAAUAGAUUGAGGGGGACCUCUCACAGGCAAUGAAGCGUGGUCCCUCCUCAUCCUCCUCAUCCCAUUUUGCACUCAAUUAUACGUCGUCUCCCUCUCGUCCUUUCAUUCUCUUUGCGCCUCCUCCUCCACCUCCUCGCCUUAGGACGGCCGCAGUGGGCCCAGCACCGCGCGUUUGUCCGAGCCCGUGCUUGCCAUGGCCGAAAGCGCGAGGCAAACGCCAAAUCGCCGUCCUCGCCGCCGCCGCCGCCGCCCCGUCGUGAUCUGCCUCGAGUUGCCAGGGGACCCGGUCUGCGAUCCAGGGCGACCCUCGUCAUCCACCCUCAGGGAGGUCGCCACCCCGAAG